UAAAAAUAUUGUGCAUUUGCAAAAAUGUCACGAAAAAAAUGUAGUUGAAUGAAUUUUUUGAAAGUUGUUUGAAAAAAGACGAAAAAACAGAUAAAACGCAAUAAAUUGUACAGAAAAAAAAAUAAAAACAAAGAAAGGCAAGAAAGAGUGAGAAAAUGGUGAAUAUUCAAAGCAUACAGACGAUUCAGAUCAAUGGCACGGAGAUUCGUCUCGAGUCGCUGGCACAGGCCUCUCUGAUUCUCAUCGCAGCAAUAACAAUUGUCUUUUCCAACAUCAUCUACCUGGCGUCAUACCUGAAUUACAAAGGUCCCAUGGAAGUCAUCAACUACUAUUACCUAUCACUUUCCGUCGCUGACUUGAUUUGCGGCAUGUUUGUCGUGCCUCUGUCAGUGUAUCCUGCGCUCAUAGGUGAAUGGGUAUAUGGAGACUACGUUUGUAGAAUGAUGGGAUUUCUCGCGGUAACGUUAUGGAGCAUUCAGAUUUACACGUUCAUGUGGAUCUCCGUCGAUCGAUAUCUGGCUGUGAGGAAACCCCUGCGAUACGAAACUGUUCAAACGAAGACUCGAUGUCAAUGUUGGAUGGCAUUCACGUGGAUUUCCGCCGGAAUGUUGUGUUGCCCGCCGUUAUUGGGAUACAGUACGCCUUUGUUUGAUGAACAAGCAUAUAUUUGUCAAUUGGAUUGGGGAAACAUGGCAGCCUACAGCGUAACUCUCACAAUCUUGGUUUUCGGCCCAAGUUUCAUAUCAAUUGUCUACAAUUACACAUACAUCUUCUCGAUGGUGCGUAAAAUCCGUUCCGGCGAGCAAAUUCACGACAAGGAAUACGCCACAGCUCUUGCCGAAACACUCUCAAACCCAAAUCAUCUGUUAUCCUUCGUGCUUGUCUUCAUGUUUGCCAUCUCAUGGAGCCCCUUCAUCUCCGUACGCAUCUACGAACUCAUGACGGGCGUGCAUAUCGGCAAUAGUUUCCUGCAAUUUGGGCUUGUGUGGUUCGGCAUCUUCAAUUCGUUCUGGAAAAUUAUCGUAAUGAUGAUGUUUUCGCCGAAUUUCCGGCUCGCACUUAAGAUUUUCUGCCUAACAAUUUGUUGUAAAACACGAGGCCGCUUACAAGCGGAAAUGGUAGGCUUGGAUGACGAUUAGGAGCCUCUUUAAAUUAAAGAUAAUGCAAAUUUUGUCACACGUUUUAAUUUUUUUUUUCGUUAUUUGUACACGAUUUGAUGUUUUGUUGAUCUCAUUGAUUUUUUUUUUAUACAAUUUAGAUGUUAAGUUUAUUAUAUUUGUAUGAUUCCACGAAUUUUUGUUGAUAAUUAUUAUAAGUUUAGUUGUUUUUUACACCGAAUCCCGUUCAUGCGAUGGGAAAUGCAUUAGUUUAAUUUACCGAGCUUUCUAAAGGGCACUACCAAAGACACUUACAGCAACUACUCAGUACUUGCUGCGUGGUUUACAAUACAAUUCACUUAUUUAGUAAGGAAAUUUUUUGAAUUAUUAAUGAAUUUAAAUAAAAGACAUUCACAAAUACUUAG